AUAAAAUAUCAUGCUAUCAAGAGUGUAUGGAAGAAUUGCAUCUAAAGUAACUUUUUCUUAAAUUUUUACUAGUCUCAAUUUAAAUUUUCUACAUUGAGAGCUUAAUUACAUGAUUUAAUUUACAGAGAUGAUAAAUCUUCUGAUCUUUAUAAAUUCGCAGCAGCUUGUCCUAAAACAGCAGUAGGAUAAUAAGGAAGUGAGAUUAGAGAAUAAGAAAGAAGAUAUGAAAUAUCUAAACUCUCAAAUGGUAUUACAGUACUUACAGAAUCUGCUUCAUCUCCAUCAAGAGUAGAUGUUGGAAUUCUUUUAGAUGUAGGUAGUAGAGAUGAAACAAAUGAAACUUCAGGAUCAUUGUUAUCAAUUAAAAAUACUUAUUAUAAGACAGUCUUAAACACAAAUGAGACUAUUAAUUAGUAUUGAAGCAUCUAUUAUUUUUAGUGGUGUCAUUUAAUAAUCUGGUGGAGAGUUUGAAAUGGAUUAUGAUUAAGAGAGUGCAUAUUUCAAAGCACAUUGUUUAGCUCAUGAUGUUGUUGAUGUUUUCAAAGUAGUUGCUGAUUGUGCACUUGAACCAAGAUCUGUUGUUGCUGCUAAUUCCGCUAUUGAAAAAAACUACGGAACACAUAACUUAGAAAAUAUUAUAAAAAGUAUCAUGCAUAUGUUUUAAAUGUUUUAGGUGGUGAAGCAUUUAAUGAAACAAUAUUCAAAACUGCUUUUGGAUUAACUGGUUUAGGAAUGCCAUUAAGAGGAUUUAAAAAUAAUAUUGGUAAUCUAAGUGCAUAUACCAUUUAAAAAUUCUAACUUGAAAAUAUUAAUCCAUCCAAAAUCAUAGUAGCUGGUGCUGGUAUUUACAAUCAUUCAGAAUUCGUAAGUCUUGCUUAAGAUGCCCUUGGCUUUAUUUCUGCUGGAUAAAGCACAAAAACAAGAACCUAAACUUAAUAUGUUGGUGGUGAAGUUAGAAAUUUAACAGAUGAUAAUGAAAUUGCUAUUGCUUUAUUAUUCCCAUCUGCUAAUUGGACUAGUUCAUAAGCAGCUGUAUUUUAAGUUUUAAAUGCUCUUUUGGGAUAAACUGGUAGUGCAUAAUCAAGAUUAUAAAGAAAUAGUAAUCAAUUUAUUCUAAAAUUUUAAUAGUUUUAAAUAAGAAUUCUUAUGCUGACGUUGUAGAAAGUUUAAAUUUCACUUUUUCUGAUGCUGGACUAUUUGGUGUUAAAGCUAUUGGAUCAGCUGAUAAAGGAUCUGAAUUACUUCUUAGUGUUUUGAAUGAAUUAAAAUCAUUAACUGGACCAAUUUCAAACUCUGAAUUAACAAGAGCUAAGAACUUAUUAAAAACUUAACUAUUUUUAGCUUUUGAAAGAACAGCUGAUAGAUUAGAAGAAGCUGCUAAAAAUGUAAAUUAUAAUUAAUAAAAUAUUAGUUAAAAGUUUUCAAUUCAAUAAAACUUAAUGAAUAUGCUUCUUUUAUUGAUUCAGUCACAUCUGAUUAAGUUAAUAACGCUGUUGUAGAUUUAUUAAAGACCAGACCAACAUUAGUUGCAGAAGGUGGAUUAGCCAAUAGAUUACCAACAUAUGAUUAAGUGUUGAAUCAAUUAAAAUGAUCCUGUUAUAUUAAAUAAUACAUUCAAAAUCAUUUAUAU